CUGAGCUUCACUUUGUCUCUCAUCUUCUGCUUGAAGACGUGCUGUCAUGAUGAUGGUUGGCGGACAGUUUUUGAAUGCACGUGGCUUUAGAGGCCAGCCUACGGUGCUUCUUAUGGCGGUUGCCUUAGUGAUAUGUUUGACGAAAAUACCACACAUCUCAGGGACUACUGAGUCGUUUAUGGAGACAUGGCACACACAGUGUGGUACCACAUGUGGCGUCACUCAGAUGAAUUAUAGAGUGAAUUCGGCAUGUGCAGCGGACCCUUACAACAAAUUCCCCGAAUAUCGUAAAGCGAUCUCCGGCAAGAAACCCAUUUCUGUUUCUUGCCAGAGACACGUCAGCCUCGUUUCUGAAGAGCUACAAACUGAAACGUCAGGCUCAUUCGAUUAUUAGACGAAGCAUCGUGGACGAGUGCUGUUACCAUAAGUGCAAUUGGGAGGAAGCUGGUGAAUACUGCAAGUAUCACAUUCGAAAUGAAAGCCAUCGUAGCGUAGAAUGCACUGAUUGACAUCACUGUAAAAACUCAGCAUGUCCCAGCUGUCCAACAGAUGCCAGGAGAUGCCAUACGUGCCAGGAGAUGCCAUAUAACAUGACAGUUUUUACUGCCAUAUAAAGUAAAGAUAUUAAACGCUA